AUGUCACAUGCUCAUCAUGAUUCUUAUGGGUACCUACCUCCGACUUUGGACAAUCCUUUUGGUGGCAGUCAAUCAAAUCAUCACAUCUCUUCUUCUCCUCCUCGUGGGCCCAACACGUACGAUGAUUCUCCUUAUGGAAGACAUCCCUUGCCUGGGUAUGGAGGCGCAGGAACGAUGGAUCAUGAAGAUGAUCACGAUGGCGCUGAAGGUGAUGUCCCUCUCUUGCCGCCCAAUGGUGGUCAUUAUGCAUAUGCACCGGCCUCAGCAUUUGAUGAACAUGGGCAUCACAUCGGUGGUGUUGGAAUGGACGGAGAACACCUUCCAUAUUCCAACGAAACGCCAAACGAAUACAAACUUGAAUCUGAUGAAGAUUAUAUGCCGGGCGGAUUUGACCCUAAUUUGGUCGAACGUGGAGAAGUAGGCGGGAAUGUGCGGUACGGAAGAAUUCCGCAACGGGUACCAAGACGGUACAAAACAUUGAAAAGAGUUGAAUUGUUCAAGGGAAAUUUGGUCUUGGAUUGUCCCGUCGCGCCUGCUUUGCUGGACAAGCUAAACGAUCGUGAAAGCAGAGAAAUGACGCAUAUGCGUUAUAGUGCAGUAACAAGUGAUGCAGAUGGAUUCUCAGACGAACAAUAUACGCUUCGGCAAGUACUUUUCGAUCCACCUCGACGAACGGAGUUGAUGGUCUGUUUGACGAUGUACAACGAAGAUGAUGUCUUGUUCGCACGUACUCUUCAAGGUGUGCUGAGCAAUAUCGCUUUCUUGUGCAGUCGUAACCGAUCACGCACUUGGGGAGCAGAUGCAUGGAAGAGAGUAGUAGUUGUUAUUGUGGCAGAUGGACGAAUGAAGUGCAAUCCUCGCGUGUUAUCAGUCUUGGCAGCUUUGGGUGUUUAUCAAGAAGGUGUGGCAAAGAAUGUGGUGAACGGAAAGCCAGUACAAAUGCAUUUAUACGAAUAUACAACCCAAUUGAGUGUUGAUUCAAAUCUCAAAUUCAGAGGACGCGAAAAAGGUGUUAUGCCAACUCAAAUCAUCUUUGCUUUGAAGGAAAAGAAUGCGAAAAAGAUCAAUUCGCACAGAUGGUGUUUCAACGCUUUUGGUCAAGUGCUGAAACCAAAUGUUUGCAUCUUGCUCGAUGUUGGUACGAUGCCUAGAGCUCGCAGUCUUUACCAUCUAUGGAAGGCAUUCGACAUCAACUCAAACGUAGCCGGUGCCUGUGGAGAGAUCGUGGCUCUAAAGGGAAAGAUGUGGUCCGCUUUGGUCAACCCUUUGGUGGCAGCACAGAACUUUGAGUACAAGAUGUCCAACAUUCUUGAUAAACCUCUCGAAUCGGUAUUCGGUUACAUCACUGUCUUACCAGGAGCUUUCUCUGCUUAUCGCUAUAUCGCCUUACAGAAUGACGCAAAAGGUGAAGGACCACUGGCUUCUUACUUCAAGGGUGAGACAUUACACGGUGGUAAGAACAACGCCGACAUUUUCACUAGUAACAUGUAUCUUGCCGAAGAUCGUAUUCUAUGUUGGGAAUUGUGCUCAAAGCGAGAUGCAGCAUGGAUUUUGCAUUACGUCAAAAGUGCACAAGCAGUUACAGAUGUGCCGGAUACCGUUCCCGAAUUGAUUUCUCAGCGUCGUCGUUGGUUGAACGGAUCCUUCUUUGCAGGUCUGCAUUCGAUCGUUCAUUUCAGUUAUAUCUAUCGAUCUUCUCAUUCGUUCGGAAGAAAGUUUGCAUUGCACUUUGAAAUGUUUUAUCAACUGGUCAAUCUAUUGUUUACAUGGUUCGGUAUCGCAAACUACUUUUUGGCUUUUACCAUCCUUACGCGAUCGUUGGGUGAGCUGGUUCAUCAACUCGAGGUGCCGAAUUUGAUCUUGGAAUACAUCUAUCUGGCAUUGAUCGUAUUCAUCUUCCUACUCUCGAUGGGUAAUAGACCGGCAGGCGCUAAAUUCGGUUAUACAAUCACGAUGAUCAUGCUUGGUUUAUUAACAUGCUAUAUGACAUUUGCAGCAGUGUAUCUCGCCAUCAAGAGUAUCAUAAGUGUCCAAAACGACUCCAACAGUACAGAGGCACUUUUGACAAAUUAUACCUUUGUUGCUGUGGUAAUUUCGGUUGCGGCAACGUUUGGUGUUUAUCUGAUUGCAAGUAUUUUAUUCUUGGAACCUUGGCAUAUGUUUACCUCUUUGAUUCAAUAUUACCUCAUGGCGCCUUCGUUCGUUUCGGUUUUCGGUGUUUAUUCGAUGUGUAACGUUCAUGAUGUCAGUUGGGGUACAAAAGGAUCCGAUAAAGUUCAAACGGAUUUGGGUGUUGUUGGCGGAAAGGAUGGUCAAGUGGAAAUCACAUUGCCAACUGAACCGAAAGAUAUCGAUGAGGCAUACCACGAUGCAGUGCACGUUCUAGCAAACAAGCCACCCAAAGAGGAAAAGAAGGUUGAUCUGGAUCAAGCACAACAGGAUUAUUAUGCUGCCAUUCGUACGAAUGUGGUGCUUAUUUGGGUUCUGACGAACGCAGCAUUGGCAGUCGCAAUUCUAUCGAUUAACAAUAACAAAGUUCGCAUUGUAUACAUGGGAUUCAUCUUAUAUUCCGUCGCAGUUUUAGCCGCAAUUCGACUUGUGGGAUCGAUUACCUAUCUCAUCAAACGAUUAUUUGCUGGAGAAUAA